GUUUCAUCGAUCAUCUGGUUUGUUUCGUCUCCAGCCGCAAUUUAUCCAAGUCGAAAUACGAUUUUAGUUAUUCGGCCGGAAAGGUUGACAAUUUCCGGUGAUUAAUCUAUGGAGUUGGAAUUUGAAUCAAAGUUUGAGAUUAAUUGUACAGCGGAGUUCAUUAUCAGCAAAAGCUUCACCAGAAUUGCUUUACAGUUCCCGGAUGAGUUGUUAAAGGAUUCGACUAAGGUCGUGAGUGCUCUUAAGAGCAAAACUCGUUUGCUUACUGACAGAGAAGUCAGGUUCUUUGUAAUGGCUGACACAACUUAUGGUAGUUGCUGCAUUGAUGAAGUUGGAGCUUUGCAUAUUGAUGCUGAAUGUGUUGUUCAUUACGGUCAAACAUGUCUAAGCCCGACAUCGGUUCUUCCAGCAUUCUUCGUUUUCGGAAAAGCUUCGAUAAACGUCUCCAGCUGCGUUAAGCAUUUGGAGCCUAUUAUGUAUAUGAGGCUAGUUUAUCUUUAUGAAGUACAUAUUGAUAAACAUGUUCUGUUUUCUCAAUCUUUGCUUUGUUUUCAGAUUCUUUAUGGUCUACAAUACACGCAUGUGAUUCCCCAUAUCCAAGAAGAAAUAGGAUUAUCGAAGACUGAGUCUCAGUUGAAGUUAUCUGUAGCCAAUGUCUUGUGUUCAUUCAUUAGUCCAUCCAAAGAUCCUAGAUAAUCCAUGGAGCAUCCGAGAUCAUAUAGCGAAAGUGAUUCUAGUGAUAGCUUAUCCUCAUCUAGGAGUUAUAGACUAGGAGGGCUAACUUGGGACUUGCCAGAAGGAAGCAAAAUCGAGGACUAUUUACUUUUCUGGAUAGGUUCUGACAGUUCAGCUUUUGCCAAUGUAGUACUGACCUUCAAUGGUUGUGACAUAGUCAGAUAUGAUGCUGAAGAAGAUUCUUUGGUGAUGGAAUUUUAUCAGCAAAGAAGGAUACUUAAGCGACGAUAUUACUUGGUGGAAAAAGCUAAGGAUGCAAAUAUUAUAGGUAUUUUGGUGGGGACUCUUGGUGUUGCUGGUUACCUUCAUAUGAUUCACCAUAUGCAAGCACUCAUAUCUGCAGCUGGCAAAAAAUCUUACAUUCUUGCCAUGGGACGGCCUAAUCCGGCCAAACUCGCAAACUUCCCCGAGUGCGAUGUUUUCAUCUACAUCUCUUGUGCCCAAACUGCUCUUUUAGAUAGCAAAGAGUUCAUGUCCCCUGUCAUUACUCCAUUCGAAGCCAAUCUUGCUUUUAGCAGAGGGAGUGAAUGGACAGGUGCAUACCUAAUGCAUUUCCAAGAUGUGAUCAACUCUGUAAAAUCAGAAUCAGAAGCACAUAGCGGAUCAGAAGAGCCACGGUUCUCCUUCUUUCAGGGUGGUUACGUAGAAGAUCACAAAACAAACGAUCAAGCUAAGAAUGGAGAAGAAGACACAGGAGAGACAAUGGCAUUGGUACAAGCUGCAGAGAAAGCAUUGCAGUUGAGAGGCAAUGAUCAUAACUCACUGACUAAACAAACCGCUGCAAAAUCAGGACCUGAGUAUUUCCUCAGGCGAGCUUAUCGCGGGUUGGAGAUAAAUAGUGAGAAUACUUCGCCAGAGCCUUACAUAGUUGGGAGAAGCGGGAAGGCGUCUGGAUACAAGCACGAAUAGCAAACUCCAAGAAGUUCAGUUUGAUCACAAAGAUAGAUUUGUGCUAGGUCAGAAACUGUUUUACUGGCUUCGUAUGAGAUUGUUAGAAGAGAGAAUGUUUGCACACACAUGUGAGAGUUGUUGAUUCCUUAAUUUUCAGCCGUCCAUUAGAUCC